AUGGCUCCAAAUAAAAAAUGUAGUUGGUCACCACGAAAAAUGAAACAAGCUGUGAAGGCUAUACAAGAUGGAGCUAAAUUGAGAAAAACGGCUACUUUAUAUAAUAUUCCCGUAAUGACACUAUCAGAUUAUGUGAAGAAAGCAGGCAACUCUCGUUCUAUCAUUUUUAACAAAAUGGGUAGAAAGCCAGUUUUUACAGCACAACAAGAAGCAGAAAUAAAAGAUCAUAUUCUGCUUUUAAGUAAGUUAUUUUAUGGAUUGACACCAAAUUCAUUGAAGAGAGCUGUGUUUGAAUAUGCAGAAAGAAAUAAAAUAAAAAAUCCAUUUAACAAAGAUGCAAGGGAAGCUGGAAAAGACUGGCUUUACGGUUUUCUCAAAAGAAACCCAGAAGUCUCUGUAAGACGCCCAGAAGCAACAAGUAUAAAUAGGAUUCUUGCUUUCAAUUCUCAAGAAAUUAAAUUGUAUUUCGAUAACUUGAAACAGAUCAUGAUUAAACACAAGUUUCCUCCACACAGAAUAUUUAAUGUGGAUGAAACGGGCAUAAAUAGCGUUCAUAGGCCUGAUAAAAUUCUUGCUGCAAAAGGGCUUAAGCAAGUUGGAGCAGCAACGAGUUGGGAAAGAGGAAAAAAUAUUACAAUAUGUUGUUGUAUCAGUGCUACAGGCCAAUACAUCCCACCUAUGAUAAUUUAUCCCCGCCAGCGUAUGCCAGCCAGUUUGGAAAGAGGAGGUCCAAAUGGAAGCAUUUAUAAAUGCUCCAAGUCUGGAUGGAUGAAUGAGGAGCUAUUUCUCGAUUGGAUCAAACAUUUUAAAGAACAUACAAGAUCAACACUUGAGAAUGAGGUGUUAUUGAUCCUCGAUAAUCACUCCAGUCAUAUUUCUUUAAAUAUAUACCAGUACUGUCGUGAGAAUGGCAUCCAUAUGGUAACUUUACCACCACACACUUCCCAUCGUACACAGCCCUUAGAUUUAACUGUGUUUGGACCACUAAAAAGUGCAUUACAUAAGGAGUGCCAGACAUAUAUGAAUACGAACAACUAUGAGAAGUUAACGCCUGUAGAUCUCAUUCCUCUUUUUACAAAAGCGUAUCUUAAAAUUGCCAAUGCAGAAAAGGCUGUUAAUGGGUUUAAAACUGCAGGAAUUUGGCCUUUCGAUUCGAAUAUUUUUGAACAAUUGACUGAGGAAGGAAAUGAUGAACCAUCACAUGAAGCUAUUUCACCAGAAGAAGCAAUUCAUUUAGCAUCAGAGGUAGGUGAACUCAUUUCACCAGAAGAUGAAGUUAAUUUAGAAUCGGAGAUACCAUAUGAACCCGUGUUUCCAGACAAAGCAGUCAUUCAUCCAGAUAACCAGCAACCUAGUACAUCAGGUAUGAAUAACGCAAGGCAGAUUGUUGAAAAUAUUGAAGAAGAGAUUAUACAAACAUCUUUCGAGGCUAUUUCUCCAUUACCAGACCAAAAAAAAAGGCAAGAAAAAGGGCAAGGUAAAAGAAAGCAGCACUCAAUAGUUCUCACUUCCAGUCCAAUGAAGACGUUCUUAGAAGAUAAAGAAAAUAAGCGAAUUGUAAAAAAAGAAAACAAGCCGAAGAAACAGAAUAUAUGCAAAAAAAAUAAAAAGGACUCUAAGAAAACACUUCAGAAAAAAACAAAAAAAGAAACUAAAAACUUUUCAACUUCAUCGUCUGAAGAUGAAUUUUAUGACGAAGGGCAAUCAGGAGUGAAUGAAUUGUGUGUUAUAUGCCAUGAAUUUGGGAAGGAUAAAGAAUUGUGGUAUAGAUGUGUGUCCUGUGGCAAAUGGGCACAUGCUUUGUGCAGUGGAGCAAAUUCUGCGGACAAUUAUGUAUGUCUAAUUUGUGAAUAA